AUGGCCUGCCCAGCAGAUUUCAUGUUUGGCGCCAUUUUAUCCUUCGACGACCAUUCGGUAACGUGCCGCAACUUCGACUUCCGCAUCAUCUUCGAAGAUGCCUUACUGGUAUUGACACCCAGCUUGGCUCUUCUUCCCACUGUUGCCAUGCGCUUUUUUUCUAUCGUUCGAAAACCCAAGAUCGUGGUGUGGCAAUGGAUGCAGAAGCUCAAAUUGGCACUCUAUGCUAUUUUUGGCAUCCUGCAGCUGGCAGAACUGGGCCUUUUCGCUUCUGGAAAUGACUACACCAAGACAAGGCUCACCGUUCCCGCCUACGCCUCCAUGUUUGUUGCAACCGUCUGCCUUGCCCUCCUGUCUUCUCUAGAACACGGCUCAUCUCUGCGACCAUCUGUCGUCAUUCAGAGUUUCCUUUCUCUCACCCUCCUAUUCAAUGUCGCUCUCCUGCGUACUAGAUGGCUUCUUCAUGGCGAGCAAACAUUGGCGGCCCUGCUUAGCACCGCCUUUGCUCUCCAGUGCGCUCUUCUGGGCGUGGAAUCUCUUCCCAAGAGCUCCCAUAUCCUUCCGUCCAAGGCCGCAAGACUUUCUCCCGAAGAACGGGCUGGCUUUUUCAGCCGGAGCUUGUUCCUCUGGCUUAUCCCGCUGUUUCGUCGGGGCUAUUGCAGCCCACUCCAGGAGAAGGACUUGUUUCCUAUCGGCGACGAACUGGCCUCUUCAAAGCUUACUGACAACCUAGAUGCUGCCUGGCAAAACACAAGCAUCACUUCAAGACGUCGGCUUGCGCUUGCUCUGACAAAAGCAUUUUACAGGCAGCUGCUUUUCCUCCACCUCCCACGCCUUGCGCUGGUCGGCUUCGCCAUCGCCCAGCCUGUGCUUGUGCAGUCUGCACUUUCAUACAUUACCCACCACGCGACCAGGCCGACUCAGUUUGGAUACGGCCUCAUAGGAGCGUUCGCACUAGAUUAUAUCUGCGUUGCUGUAUCGACCGCCUGGUACCAGCAUCAGACGUACCGCUUGCUAGCCAUGAUCCGAGGAUCCCUGGUUGGUAUGAUCUUCAAGCAUAGCCUACGUCUGCCGGCAUCAGAAGAUGCUGAUGGCUCUAGUGCUAUCAGCCUCAUGAGCACUGACGUCGAGCGUGUUGUCCAGACCUUGCAGUGGUCGCUGAACAUUGUCCCUGACAUUGUUCAGGUCGCACUUGGCUUGUGGAUUCUUGAGACGCAUUUAGGUGGCAUCUGCAUCGCACCGCUGAUUGUUGCUACUGGAAAACGCACUCCUCCUCGGCAAAGGCGCUGGAUGCAGGCCAUACAGAGUCGUCUUAAGGUAACCACCAAGGCCGUUAGCGAGAUGAAAGGCAUCAAGAUGUGUGGCCUCACCGACAUAGUGGUAAAGCAGAUUCAGGGCUUACGGGUGUCCGAGAUCAACGACCAGAAAGCGUUCCGCAAACUGCAAAUCACCAACAUCGCCGUCGGAAAUGCGCCUGCGAUGAUUACUCCGGCCAUUACUUUUGCUACAUUUGCCAUCGAGCAGAAUCUUUGUUCAGGGAACAGCCUGGCCUCUGCCCUAGGAUGUCUUGAUCGUAUCCAGGAGUUUCUCCAGAAAGAAGCACAGCAGGAUGGCCGCAUACUUCUGCCCGCUGCAACUGCCAACCUCGAAGACUCUAGUAUCGCAUCUACUACCCCCGGAACAGAGUUGCAGCCUGUUGGUCACCAGUCGCUUCGCUUCCAAUCAAAGAGCCGUGGACCUAUCGCUAUCAUCCAUAACGGGACGAUAGGCUGGGUUCCUAGCCAACCAAUUCUUCGGGCAAUAAGCCUCAAGGUUUUAGCAUCGACAUUUACCAUUAUCAUUGGACCAGUUGGCUCAGGAAAAUCCACAUUGUUGCGGUCUCUGCUAGGAGAAAGGUGCUUAAUUUCUGGCAGCGUGGAAUGUGUCUCGCCUAAGCAGACAGCCUACUGCGAUCAGCAACCAUGGAUCCUUAACAUCAGCCUAAAACAAAACAUCCUUGGUAUCUCUGACUACGACGACGAUAGAUACAAGAUGGCCAUAGAGGCCUGCCAAUUACAGCAAGACUUUGCACAGAUGCCAGCGGGUGAUUCAACUCUUGCUGGCAGCAAGGGUGUGUCCCUUUCUGGGGGUCAGAAACAGAGGAUUAAAGGGCGAUAUGACAUCAAGAGCGACCAUGAGAUAAUGCCGUUAGAACUAACCGACAUGCCAAAGGCGGCCCUCAGGACUAGUGCUGUUGCCCUGGUGGCUUCGAAAGCAUAUGACAAUAGCACGGAUGAGAGCAACACGCAACAGAAGGAACGGAAGAAAAAAACGGGAGCUCUCUUAUAUUACAUUUCGUCCCUAGGCUUUGGGGCCAUAUGGGGAUUCUUUGCUUUAGUGACAGCUUUAGUCGGAUGCAACGCCGCACAGAGUGGGUUCCUAUAUUCUUCUUUUACUGGUGGGCGUUGUGCUAAUCUAUCCUUGUUUCUACUAGCUCUGUGGCUCAAGUACUGGGUAGCUGCGUACAAUCACCACCCGAACGAGAGCUUAGGGAAGUGGGCAGGAAUCUACGUGUUAUUCGCUGUCGGAUCUAUUCUUUUCAUUGCUCUUGACACUGGUUCACGGCUCUCCUUCAUCACAGCUCAGGACACAGGCACUAUUAUCAACCACUUUUCAGGAGACCUCAACCUCACCGAUCUUGCCCUUCCGCUAAGCUUUAUCCUUACAUCUGAACGACUUCUCUCUACAGUCUCGGAGAUAGUCCUAGCAUGCCUCGCAUCUGGGUAUCUAGCUCUAAGUAUUCCAAUCUUGGUGCCGACUCUCUACAUCUUGCAACGCGUCUACCUCAAAACGUCUCGCCGGCUGCGUACGCUCGAUUACCAUUCGCGCUUUCUCGUGACCUCGACCGCGGAGAGAGAGAACAUGGAGCUUCUAAACAGCGCACAGCGGCCCUACUACCUGCUGUUCUGUGCGCAGCGCUGGCUGACUUUGGUCCUAGAUUUGGUAACGGCGGGUCUAGCCACACUCCUUAUGGGUCUCGCUGUGGCCCUGCGGCACAGCAUAGACCCUGGAUUUCUCGGUGUGGCGCUGGUUAGCGUGAUAAGCUUCGGGGCGAUCGCAGCCGGCCUGAUCCAGAACUGGACCAGCUUGGAAAUGUCCUUGGGGGCUAUUACCCGUAUACGAAACUUCAUUGAUGACGUACCCGCAGAGGCUCAAAGCAGGGAUACGGAGGCAAAGAUCCCUGCAGACUGGCCCUCGUCUGGAGAGCUGGUGCUUCGCAACGUGUCUGCUUCGUACGAUAAUGGAAGCCACAAGGUCUUGAACAACAUCAGUCUCGCCAUUCCGGCGGGCUCCAAGGUGGCCAUUUGCGGACGAACGGGAAGUGGAAAGUCGAGUCUUCUAUCACUCUUGCAGAGACUUCUAGAUCCCGACAGUGGGAGUAUUAGGAUCGACGGCGUGGGCUUGUUUGAUAUACCCCCCAACAGAACGCGCACGUCUCUUGUCGCGCUACCGCAGGAUCCGGUCUUUCUCAGUGGUUCGAUUCGACUAAACCUGGAUCCGUUUGAACAGCACAAUGGUGAUGAUGGGCCGCUGCUGCAAGCGCUGGAGAAGGCUGGUCUUAGCUCUUUGGUGGCCGACAAGGGCGAGCUGGACGCUGACCUCAAGGUGGACCAGCUUAGCACUGGUCAACGGCAACUCUUUUGUGUAGCCCGAGCUAUGCUGAGGAAGAGCCGGAUCUUGCUCUUGGACGAAGCCACAAGCCACCUGGACGCGAACACAGAAAAGCUUAUUACAUGGCUGAUUAGGACGGAGUUUCAAGACUGGACGGUGCUCGUCGUCACCCACCUGGUUAAAUCCGUGGCCGAGGCCGACUCCGGCUUCGACGAGGUGAUUAUCCUGGAGAAUGGGAGAAUUGUCGAGCAGGGCAACCCAGCGGUCUUGCAAGAAAGAAUGGCGUCUUUCGGGAGAUAG